AUAGGGAGGUAAAACGAGAGGGAAAGAGGCAGAGAGGAAGAGAAGGGAAACGGAGAGAAAGAGAGGGAGAGAGACUUUAAAUCAGAACGAGAGAGAAAAAGAAAGAGAGCGCACCCCCCCUCGCUCUGGUAGCUCGUUUAUUUGCUGAUAAUUUAAAUAAAGAGGAGAUUAAAGCGGUUAUCAGGCUCAUUCUGCACACAGUAAGUCUUAGAUAUUAGCAGAAUUGAGCUUAUAGAGCAGAAAUGAAGCUCGGAGUACAUGAAACCAGGCUUCUUCAGUAAAGGGUCAUUGUUCGUCCACAGAACUCUCCGUGGGGGAUAUGAAAUGAGCAGACUCUUUCACUGCGGCGUCUCUUUGCUGGAGGAAUGUCUCUGAGAGAAUCCCCUUUCCCGAAUGGCUUUGCGGAGGCUCUCCACACUGUAGGAUGGGGCCUCGUCUUCCCCUGCUUCUGGUUCCUGGACCGGCUCAUUGCCGUGUGCAUCUCCACCAGCCUGGAGCGUCAUAGGAGACGGGAGGAAGAAUGCUACCUCCAUCCGCUCCAGGUGUUUUUUGGCUUCAUCCUUUUUCUCUUCCUCUUCCUCAUUUCAACACCUUUUGCCUUCCUGGGGUUCCUGCUUUGGGCUCCACUCCAGCUCACACGGCGGCCUUUCUCUUACCGCCACCAGGUGGCGACUGUCGAAAUGGAAAAUCGGAAUGUGGGCUGGGAGGAGGCUGGGAGGGUGACUUUUGGGUUUGUCACUGCCAAUCUGUGCCUACUGCCGGACGGAUUGGCGCGGUUUAACAAUCUGGGGCAUUCCCAGAACCGGGCUCUGGCCAUCGGCCAAAGCAUCGUCCAGGGUGUUAACCGACCACACAUACGCAUAUUAAUCGACUCGCCCAGCAGCUCUGGAACCCUCAGCCCCUCAAUCAGCCUCCUUCCUCAGUCCGCAUCCACCUCAUAUGGAGCCACGGAUGCUCAGGUGCAACCAGGUACAGCCGAACAGAGCGCAGACACGGUUUUGGACGGAGCGAUUCCCAAAACGUCCACCGGGGGCGCCAGUGUCAAUGUGGCCAGUGACCAUAUGAACCAGCAGCAGCCUGCAAAGUGGAACUGCAACCAGAACUCCAACCAGCAGGGCAGCCGAGGGCGCAGGAACCCCCCGAGAGCCUUACGGACGCUGGGCAAGGCUGGAGACACACCGCUGGAGGUGUCCAUGCUGUUUCCAGCCAACGUGGACAUUGUGUGCCUAGAAGAAGUGUUCGAUAAAAGGGCGGCCAAAAAGCUAACUGAGGCUUUAGGGACGGUUUUCAGCCAUAUUUUGUACGACAUCGGGGUCUACGCCUGCCAGCCCUGCGGGACCUGCUCCUCCUUUAAGUUCUUCAACAGCGGCCUGUUCCUGGCCAGCCGUUUCCCCGUGAUGGAGGCGCAGUAUCACUGCUUCCCCAAUGGCCGAGGAGAGGACGCGCUGGCCUCCAAAGGGCUGCUCUGUGCUAAGCUGCAAAUAGGAUUACAGAAGGGAGAGAAGAAGAUGGUUGGAUUCUUUAACUGCACUCAUCUUCACGCUCCAGAACGGGACGGAGAGAUUCGCUCUGAGCAGCUGGACAUGGUCACCCAGUGGAUCACCGAGUUCCAAACGAUGACCCGGCAGCAGGACGAGGUUGUGGUGUUUGAUGUGCUCUGUGGGGACUUCAACUUUGACAACUGUUCUCCAGAUGACAGACUGGAGCAGAAUCACAGUCUGUUUAACGACUACAGAGAUCCCUGCAGAGCUGGACCUGGAAAAGAGAAGCCUUGGGUUAUAGGCACCCUGCUGCAGCAGCCAACCCUGUACGACGAGAAUGUGAAAACUCCAGAUAAUCUGCAGAGGACGCUGGAGGAUGAGGAGCUGCGUAAAGUGUAUCUGGCCCCCCCAGUAUCUCAGGGCAGUGAGCCUCUCGUGUAUCCUGAACCUGGAGAGCCGUGGGUGGGCCGUCGCCUCGACUACCUCCUCUACAGAGAGAGCACCCUUACUGACCAUUGCCGGACAGAGGUGGAGGAGUUUACAUAUGUGACCCAGCUGGCUGGAUUAACAGAUCACAUUCCUGUUGGCCUGAGACUCAACGUCACACUGUAAAACACUGAACACUACAGUUUUCCUGGGGAAAGACUGUUAUUACAAACACUGGAGGACAAACUGAACACUGAAUGCAACUUUUGGGCACAAAAUGAAAACUUUUCUGUGCAGAAAAGAACCAUUAGAAAACUCUAAUUGCUAGAUUUUUGUAAGAAUACUUGAUUGAUUGACAGGGAAUUCAAAUCACUUUGAUUCAAAACACAUUGAGAUUUUUUUUUAUUAAAAUAUUUCCAUGGUAUGGAUUCUACAGGAUUACUUCGUCUAUAAUCCAUAAGCAGCAGUUACCAACUGUACCUGAGUUUGUAAUAACUGAAACGAUUUUGUUACAUUGAUUUUUUUAAUUUCAUACCAUCACAUCAAUUAUUCUGGUAAUGUAUUUUAAUAAAAUGGCAUAGACUUUUCAA